AUGAUGGACAAUUAUCAAGUUGAAGGAAGUUUUGAGUCUGCAAAAUGUUCCAACGAAGCAAAAAGUGUAGAAAAAGACUCCUCAAGAAGUUUGAUCCAAUCUGUUCCAUCAGUUCAUAUCUUAGACUACGAAGAAGAGGAACAGCUGCAUGAUAUUUCAAGACUUCCAGUGUAUCAUACAAAUGAACUUGAUGACGAAGAUGAACAAAAUGAAGAAAUAACAGACAGUGAGACCAUAUUAGACACUCGUGCACAACGGAAAUUAGUGAAACCUCCAUAUUCCUACAUUGCUCUUAUAACCAUGGCCAUUGCUCAGUCCUCACAAAAGAAACUCACUCUAAGCGAGAUAUGUGAAUACAUUAUGAACAGGUUUCCUUAUUACAAAGAGAAGUAUCCACAAUGGCAAAAUUCAAUCAGACAUAACCUCUCCCUAAAUGAUUGCUUCGUGAAAAUUCCCCGAGAACCUGGGCAACCAGGCAAGGGAAAUUAUUGGACGCUUGAUCCAGCAAGUGAAGGAAUGUUUGAUAAUGGCAGUUUUCUGCGAAGGAGAAAGAGAUUCAAACGACCAAAAGCCAUCACAUUCAAUUAUUCACCGUACAGUCGUGUUCCAUCGAGUAUACCCAGCUACCCAGCUCAUGCUAUGAUGAUGUCUCCACAUGGUUAUCAUUUACCUGCAUUGACUUAUUCCUACCGUUCUUUCUUAACUAACUAUACAAACAGUAUUCCAUACAGAAGUGUCAUGCCACUGAAGCGAACGACUUCUGCUUCAUGUUCAUGUACAUAUUGUGAAGCAUGUCCUUCAGUAAGACAACCCACUCCAACAUCACAACCGUUGAAAUUUUCAAUCGAGAGUAUCAUUGGACAGAGUAAAGUUGCUUGA